AAGUUCAAAACACACACACACACAUACAUAUGUAGAGAUAAACAUCUAUAUAUCAACUGUAUCUCUUCUUCCUCUGCAAACCAAAACCCUAACACUUUUUCUCUUCUUCUCCUUCUUCUUCUUCUUCUUCUUCUUCUUUGUCAUAUCAUGCCGAGAAUCAUGAGGGGCAAAUCCAAGAAGAGAACUGGUAGGUUGAAGAAAAUAUUGUUGGCGCCCAUUAGAAUUCUAGCCAAGGCUAGAGAUUUUUACGUGAAAAGCAUGGAGGAUUCCGCAGCUCGGGUAGUUUAUGGUGGCGUUAUGGGAUUGCCUACUGCGCAAGUAACAAGUUUGCCGAGGAGUUUCACCAUGAAUUCUUCACAUGGAAUUUGCGAUGAUGAUCGAAAAUUUAAAGAACUUGUUCGUCACGUAAUGCCUAAACGCAAUUUAGAGAGUCGUACAAUUCAUGAUUAUGAGAAAAGUACGAAGAACUCUAGAGAUAUGAAAAGGAGUUACAGUGUUGGAUUGGGGAAGAUCGGAACCAUUGAAGAAGACAAGCCUUGUUCUUUCAGAGAAGAAGAAGAUUGCGGUACACUCAACUCAGGUUUGUUACAUCAAAGAAGUAGAAGCUAUGCAGCUAGAAAAAACAGUACUCUUCAUUAUAAAAAUUAAUGGGGUAUAUACAUAUAAUUUAUAUAUAUAUAUAUAUAGUCCGGGUUUCAUAUAUGAUUAAUAAGUACAAAGAGUCAACUGUAGUUAGGGAUUUCAUUUCAUAUAUAUACGCAUAUAAUCAAUGGUCGAAUAUCAAAAAGCGGAUUGCGUUGUAGCCUCAAAUCAUGUUUUUCUUCACCAUAAAUGUAUCUCUAGAUUUG